AUGGAAAAGUUAACAAAUAUAGUAAUACUAUCACAAAUCAUAUCAUCUAUUGAACAUGAUGGAGAUAUAAUAUGUUUGUUGCUUACUUGUAAAAAGUUGUAUUAUAAUAGUGGUUUAAGGAGAUCGAUUCAGUUUAAAGGUACAAGAGCCACCGACCAUAGAGCAAUAUCAGCUACUCUAUUCAAAAUCAACUCAUUUAAAGAUAUAUUGGAGAAUAGUGUAUCUGAUCAUCAGGUAGAGAGAAAGAAAGUGACACCACCCAAGUCACUAUAUGAUACACCAUCGAUCGAGACACUAUUCAUUAAAGCGGACCAACAAGACAAAGAAACAACAGUUGACCUCGGUUCUAUCUCACGCUUGCCUAGUCUUCAACGUCUUUCAGUUCAUGCGCACAAGUUGAAUCUUGGCUCUCAUACAACACUCAAGACUCUAAAACUAAAAGUCGCCACCGAAUACACUCUCAGUGAAUUGGGGCUCACCAAAUUCGUAUCGUUGACAGAGUUGACCUUGAAGAGUUUUUUUGUGUUAGGGAUUGGACCAGGUCUCUUUCCAAGCAGUUUGACUCAUCUCACUCUACAACCCAAGGAGAUACUUCCACGAGAUACAUUCCUUUCGUUGACGUCACUCGAGUACCUCGAUAUCGAUAUGCAAGAAAUCAGGUCAGAGGAGGGAGUAGAACUAUUCCUCGAUCUCGAGAGCCUAUCCAACCUCAAGACACUAAGAAUCUUUGACGAAUGCUUAGGUCUGUACAGUCUCGAGAUUAAUGUACCUCCCUCACUCAAGAUUCUUACCUUCGACUGUCAAUGCGCACAUGUCCCACAUCGAUGUUCGAUGUUGCUGUUGGAGGAAUUGCAUGCGAUACAAAACGUAUUGGUUGAAGAAAAGAUCAGUCUACUGUCAUUACCAUUGUUAAAUAGUCUGGUGAUUGACCUAUGCGAUGAACCCGUAUGGCCAACCAUCCCAUCGACUGUCAAAAGUCUUACUAUUUCCAAAUACCCAAAUACAGAUAUACUUACAGGCAUUGUAUACCCACCAUCUCUCACUGAACUAUCCAUCUAUGGAGACAAUGAACCUGUCAAACUCCCAGCAUCGCUCAUCAAACUAACACAAAACAUCAACAAAGAUUCAUUACUUCCAACACUUCCUACACAUUUAAAGGAACUGAUUUGGGAAUAUGAUCAGGUUGAACUUGAUCCCGACGUACCUGAAUCUCUUUCUUCAGUAAACUAUCCACCAAAUCUUGAAACACUCAACCUCAUUGAUAUCCCAUGGGAGUUCACCCUUGGCAACAUACCUCCAGUCAAAGAGCUAUCAUUGGCGUUGCGUGAACCCAUGAAACCUUGGAUGUCUGAUUAUCCAAUCUUCUCAAUUGACUCGAGGAUCUCUAUCACAGACCAACCACAAUGGCUACCACAUAAUACUACACAUCUCGCUUGCAGGUUAGAUACUCGUCUCACAAAGUGUGUGUUUAGAUUGGAUCAAGUAAUCAACCACACCAAUGUUAGAUAUUUAUCUAUGGUCAUUGACGAAGAAUAUUUACCUAUCAAAAUUGGCAACAUGCCAUUCCAAUUUUCAAUUCAAAGGUUGGACAACGAGAGCAACAAUGUAUUGGUAUUGGAAACAAAUACACUUCAAGGUGGAAUAAUCACUCAGAGAAAAUCAAUCAACGCCCAACAACAACAACAACAACAAUAUGAUCCCAUUUAUUUAUUUUUUGAUAUCGAUUCAAACAAAAAGUGGUCUCGCUCUGUCUCACAAGAUGCAUAUGUAUUCAAAUGGAGUUUUGAACCAAUCUGGAAAACAUUUAUUGGAAAUUAA